GGGACUUGAAUGCAGCAUCAUGGGAGGGUCUUCCUCAGCUGCUUCAAGGGAAGGGCGACGACAAACGGACGUUCUUGUUAUUUGAAAGCACACGCCGGAAAAGAUGGCAGCCAUCAGGAAGAAGUUGGUGAUCGUGGGAGAUGGGGCGUGUGGGAAGACAUGUCUACUCAUCGUCUUCAGUAAGGAUCAGUUCCCAGAAGUCUACGUGCCAACUGUGUUUGAGAACUACAUUGCGGACAUUGAAGUUGAUGGCAAACAGGUGGAAUUGGCGCUAUGGGACACAGCAGGUCAGGAAGACUAUGACAGAUUGAGACCUCUUUCUUACCCCGACACAGAUGUGAUCCUCAUGUGUUUCUCCAUAGAUAGUCCUGACAGUUUAGAAAACAUUCCAGAGAAAUGGACACCUGAAGUGAAGCAUUUUUGUCCCAAUGUCCCGAUCAUUCUUGUGGGUAACAAGAAGGACCUGAGGAACGAUGAACACACACGCAGGGAGCUGGCCAAGAUGAAACAGGAGCCUGUGAAACCUGAGGAGGGCCGGGACAUGGCCAACCGCAUCGGUGCCUUUGGCUACCUUGAAUGUUCAGCCAAAACUAAGGACGGUGUGCGAGAGGUGUUCGAAAUGGCCACAAGAGCAGCACUACAGGUCCGCAAGCGCAAGAAGAGGGGUGGCUGCCAGGUGCUGUGAAGAGGAGGAGCCUGCAGACGAAGAACCAAUCUGCACCGAAGGAAGGACGCCCCAAAACACAAAGCAAACCUAAGAGAAACCUUUAAAGCAAUGGCUUCCAUGGACUAUACUUACUUCACAAAUAUGAAAGACAGGCACACAUGUUUAAAAAGAAAAAAAAAAAAACUGUCCUCUGCUCCUCACAUUGUCUGGUUUUCUGUGCAUGCUGUUUCUUCCACCAGCGUACGAGCCUGUCUGUUUGAAGGACCAGCCUUUCCUCACGUCUGGGAUCAUGUUUGUAUUUAUGUGUGCAUUUCAUUUACAAAUACAAUGUGUGUCUGAC